CUGUGCCUGUGUUAUUCUUUGUUGUGGCAGAUCUUCAGGAGGUGUUGGCUGGUGUUUAAAAAGGCUUCUAGUAAAGGACCCAGGAGGCUAGAAAAGUAUCCCGACGAAAAGGCAGCCUACUUUAGAAGUUUCCACAAGAUCACCGAGCUCCACAACAUCAAGAACGUCACGCGGAUGCCACGGGAGACAAAGAAGCACGCCGUCGCCAUCAUCUUCUGCGAUGACACGUCCAAGACGUUUGCCUGCGAGUCAGAGCUGGACGCCGAGGAAUGGUGCAAGCUGCUGUGCGUGGAGUGCCUGGGUACCCGUCUCAACGACAUCAGCCUCGGAGAGCCGGACCUGUUAGCAGCGGGAGUGCAGCGGGAGCAGAAUGAGCGCUUCAACGUGUACCUCAUGCCCACGCCGAACCUGGACAUCUACGGGGAGUGCACCAUGCAGAUCACCCACGAAAACAUCUACCUGUGGGAUAUUCACAACGCCCGCCUCAAGCUCGUCAUGUGGCCCCUCAGCUCCCUGCGCAGAUACGGCCGGGACUCCACCUGGUUCACGUUUGAGUCCGGAAGGAUGUGUGACACAGGAGAGGGUUUGUUUACGUUCCAGACCCGGGAGGGCGAGAUGAUCUACCAGCGGGUCCACUCGGCCACGCUGGCCAUCGCCCAGCAGCACGAGAGGAUGAUAGAGGAGAUGGAAAAGAGCUCCCAGUUUCACUCCAGAGAGACGCUAACCAAGUCCAUCUCGCUGCCACGCAGCGCCUACUGGCAGCACAUCACGCGCCAGGCCAGCGUGGGGGAUCUCUACAGUUACCAAGGUACAUGGGAGAAUUUACUAAUUAUCAAAAUCGCCGUGACGCUCUUCGGCUUUACCUGGAUCUACACUGAGACGGAGAUCAUGACAAACUAAUGAGGAUUUUUACAAUGACUGACCUUUAGCUGUGCUGUGCAGAGAGUGCACUCGAUACAUAAAGAAGGUAAUAAAAGUAAAAGUAUUUGGCGAUACUUUUAACAUUUUUAUGUAGAUUAUGACAGGAAUGUACUAAAGGGAUUUAUUUCUGGUAAUUUAUUUGCUGAUGAAAACCCCAAAAAUUCAGUUUAUCAACAAUAAUCACAUUAGAAAAAUAAAAGUAGGAUUUAAAUAUACAUAAUCGGGGUUCAUUUUGUUGUACCCUCAGUCCAUGCCAAAACAUUUGCACGGGUUUCCUUCACGUUUCGCUCAUGUUAUUCCGGUUGCUUGUGCACCAUUUUCACCAAAACUUGUUUCCUUUUGCUCAACUUUCACUUGAUGUGCUUCAAAUAGCACUCUUAUUAGUCACUGUCUUUGCACCUUUUGACGCUUAACCUUUUUGGUGAAGGUGUCAGUAAAUGUCAACUGACAGCCGUCAAGUCCACCCCAUGGUAACACAGGCCCAGCGGUUUCCAACGUUGACGCACAUCAGCCAGUCGUGGGUCUUGAGAACCUCUUAAGAAAUCAAACUAAAAAAAACAAAAAAGGUAUAAAAAAAAAAGACAAAAAAAAACUAUAUUGUUUCUGAUGCUGUUUGUGUUGUCAUUAUGUCCCUAUUUAAUUUACUUACUGAAAUGUUUUUUUUUUUUAACCACUGGUGUAGGCCAUAACGAGGUUGUGACAUCACAUUUCUCAUUAAAAUUCCUUAUGCGAUAUCCUACGUUUCUGAGAAGUAGAAUUGAAUUUGGGUUUCGAUUAGCUGUAAGCUAUAAUCACCAUAAUUGACGGAACUAAAAACAUGAAAUGCAUCACUCCAGCAUAAUGACUCUUUGAGCUUCGCUCUUCGAAAUAAAUGCUGGAAUUAAUCAGCUUUUUAUGAUAAUAUAACUAAAUACAUUCAGACUAGAAACAACAACAACAAUGAACAGAAAAGAGAACCUAAUAUUACAAAGAAGUAGUUGACUUAAGAAUUAUAACAACUUUUGUUGCUACUUUUUGAUCGCUGCUCCUCCCAUUGGUUUGAAGCUUUCUAGAGCUGGUUGUCACCAUGGAUACUAUUUACCGAUUUGUCCUGAAGUGCCACACGUGGGAACCCAAGUCAUGUUUGCUGCGUUGUGUGCUUGUGCAUUUAUGCAACACCGUUAUUAUCAGGAGUUUAAUCAAAAACGCUGAACGAAACCAAAUGGUUUUCUAACAAAGGCCAAUUAGUGUUUAAACAUUGUUACAACAGGUAAGCAUAGACAUUUUAAUGCCUAUUUGUUUCAGGAGAGGUUAUUCAGUUCAUUAUAGCUACUUGUUUACCUUGAAGUUAGGGUUGUAUUAAUUGAAACAUAAUCCUUUUUACAUUACAAGACGAUGAAAAAUGAAACUUCUGGAGUGGCCUGUAGGGCAGUGUUUAGUUCAAACUGGGUGGGCAUUUCUGAAAUGUUUGUUGGAUUUAAAUUAAUUUGCCAGGAAACGGUUACGUUCUUGCCGUUACGCAGAGCUUACUCACGAGCAAGGGAUGUUUGUUUUUCUCUCCCAGUUUCUGUGACGGUUAGUUUCUGUUUAAAAGAAGGGGAAAAGAGACCCAGCAUUUGACAUUUUCCUAGAUCUCCAUCCUAUAUUGUGCUGCGCCAAACAUUGACCCGUGAAAACAAUCUGGUUCUGCUUGUGGAUCAUUUUAAAGCUACAGUGGAGAAAGCCGCGCGGUGGGAGACGUGGGUUACCAGAGGGAUCAAAUCGCCUCUGUGAAGCCAUCGUGUUUGUAAAUCUGCCGUGCAGAAUCAUGCGGCGGGCCGACCCCGGACAAAAAGCAAAGCAUUUUCGGAACUUCAUCUGAAAACCGUUUGUUGGAUAUGUCAAGUCCAUUUCUUUUUCGUUUUUUAAAAGCAAGGACGUACAACGUCUACUGAGUAAGAAAGCACGGUGAAGGUAGAUUGAUAAUGUGGGCUGCUUGUCGGAGCAGUAAUAAAACAAGAACCCCUUUUCCUAUGUUUACCUGUAGGUUUGAAGUUGCUUUUGACUAUCAACUGAGUAGAUUCUACAAAAAAAUAAAAAAUAAAAAAUGCAUUCAACUGACCACAAAUGCAUUAAUAAUGCAGCAGCUAUUCUAUGGCAUCCGAGGAUGGCACCAUGUGUCCUUUCCGUGCUCGUUUUCUACACAUCUACUUCAGGAAGUGUAAAUGAGUGUUUGCACGUUAUAUGAGACCAGAGGCAGGAAGGUGAUUAGUGAGCUGAUGCGCUUAUCCUCUGUCCAUGGUAUUAGUUGAUUAGAAGACUUAUCUGAGGAUUAUGGGCCUUUUGGUUUUCACUGAUAGAGCAAAAAAAAAAAAAA